CACUCGUACCGCCGAUAUCGAGGCCUUCAGCUGCUUACCACCGCUGUCGGAAGCUACGGAUAACAGUGGUUGGGUCCUUUUUCUAUGCAGCAGCAGUCAGUAACUUGCGUCCAGCGGCAUAGAAAUGGUUCUCCGUUAGAACAGCGGCAAGCCGCAACAGACACAAUAACAUCAGCUGCGGCUGCGGGUCUAGCAGCAGGUUUACAGAGCAAUUUGCUUAUCAAGAAAAGUUGAAAAAAUAGCAACAAACCGCGCAAGCUGUUCGCAAUAACGGCCGACUAGAAGUAACACGCAAGUCAGAUGUUCGAUGCUCUUUCAGCGCAUAUUGCCGUUGCCCCAUCGAACCAAUCAGCUAAUGGUUGAGUUCGUUGAAGAUGAUCUUUAAGGUGAAUUAGUUUCGAAAGACCAUAUCUGAACAAUGAUAAAAAUGUUAACAUUUUCGAAUAGUAUAUCUGACAUCGGGCGACCGAAAAAGAGCGUGAUACGGACAUCGCUCCUUUCAUGACGCCUCAUUGCCACUACUACUGUUUCUAAAUACAGUGCCAUCCAACAGAGAACUACGGCAGGCAGCAGCUCAACAAAAUGGCCAGUAGCCUCUGUCCAUAAGGGCGAUGCCACGCUGCGGAGAGUGAACGGCCGAAUGUGCUGUGACUUGUGUACCCUGCACUCUGUGCUGUCUGCGCUGCCAAUAUCGACGCCGAUCUGAACGAACGUCUGGGCGUGUGUCCGUCUAAACGACGUCACAGCGUUGACGCUGAAGAGGCUAGACGCUCGAUAACGACGUGGACCAACGAAUCGGAUUGACGCAGCUACUUCUGGCUGUACGCGUUCCUCCUUCCCAGUGAACGUGUGCAAUUGAUAGAGCAAAGGUCGACAGCCAGUCAGCGAACAAUCGACGCACAGCUCGCCUCUGGCCAGAGGAUCAGUCGAGCGUUGGUAACGGCACCAUCUCAAUUCCGAUGGCCUGAUCAGGCUUGCUUAUGUUGCGUUGCGCUAUACGUAUUUGUAACCGUACGUAUUUCUGCCUGUGCGUAUUGCAUCGACGCUGUGCAGUUCCUCGUACGGAGUAGAGAAGGAAUGAUGAGUAGACAGAGAAAUCGCGCUAAAUUUUAUUUUUGUGGUCACCGUUGCGUCUGGAAACAAUCGAAACGAUCGUGAUUUCAAGCUCAAUUCAAAGCUGUUGCGAGUAUAUGAAGCGGACGUGUGUAUACAAUUAGAAAGCUAGCUAGAUUCUUUACGAUACACACUAAAGAACGCUAGCUUGUGUUUAGCUCAGCUAGACACGGUAAAAGGCUGUCUGUCAGGUUUCUUUUUUGUGUGAGGUGAUGCACUAGAAUCGUGGACCUCUAACGUUGCAAACCGAACAAGUAUUAUUGCAUCGAGGUGAAAACGACUCAAGGAACAAUUGGAAAAAGUGGUGGAAGGUUUCAAAACGGAGGCCUCGAAACACACAAAAAAAAAAAACACGAGAAGCAGAAAAUAGUCAAAGAGUAAUAUAAAUUGAAUAGGGAUGUCUUCCCACGGUUCGAAAUGCGUGUUUGUAACGGGCGGGGCGGGCUUUAUCGGAAGUCACACCAUCAUCGAGCUGUUAAACGCCAAUUACGAGGUCGUCGUGGUGGACAACUUCGCUAACUGUGUGAUGUCAUCAUCUUCAUUGUCAAGCCCCAGCACCGAAGAAUCGGGUGGCCAGGGUUCAUCUGGAAGCCAGAUGGCCGAGUCCCUCAUUCGAGUUCAAGAUAUCACUGGAAAAAAGAUUCACUUUUACGCGUGCGAUCUCCUCAACAAGAUUGAGCUCAGCAGAGUUUUUAAGAAGCACAAAGUGGACUGUGUUAUUCACCUCGCAGCGAUGAAGGCUGUAGGCGAAUCCAUGCAGAAGCCACUUUUCUAUUAUAAAAACAAUAUCGUCUCUACAAUCAACGUCCUUGAGGUGAUGAAGGAACAGGGCGUCUACAAGAUGGUCUUCAGCAGUUCGUGUGUCGUCUAUGGCAAUCCAAUAUAUUUGCCAAUAGACGAAGUGCAUCCGGCUGGCGACGUUCCUAAUGUCUACGGCAGAACAAAGUACGCCAUUGAGAAAAUGCUCGAGGAUAUAGCUCGCGCCGAGAAGCAAUGGAACAUCAUCUGUCUACGCUACUUCAAUCCAUUAGGCGCCCAUCCUUCGGGACGAAUCGGCGAGGAUCCCGUACGUGCCUUUACCAAUCUGAUGCCGAUCAUAGGUGAAGUCGCUAUGGGAAAACGCAAGGAACUUGAUGUCUAUGGAGGAGACUACGACACCCCGGACGGAACGGGGGUCCGUGACUUUAUUCACGUGAUGGAUUUGGCCGCAGGCCAUGUUGCAGCGUUGCGAGCACUCGACAAACCACUGCGCUUCAAGUUUUAUAACCUUGGUACAGGUCGGGGAACGUCAAUUCUGCAGUUGAUUAGGAUCUUCGAAGAGGUCACUGGAAGGACUAUUCCUUAUAGGAUACUUGAAAGAAGACUUGGUGAUAUCCCAGCUAUUUGGGGCGACUGCAGACUUGCGGAAACCGAACUGGAAUGGAAAGCAAAAUACACCGUCAAAGACAUGUGCCAAGAUUUUUGGAAGUGGUUAAACGAGAACCCUAACGGCUAUCCCAGGGUUACUGAGAUUAUUCGGCCGCGACAGUAACGGCCUGAUAAUGUAGCUUAUUUUGAGUCCGACUUUUCUUUUUACGGAGCGUUAAAAGGACUUAGGAUCCUGUAUUGAUACUACGUUAAAUAUAUGCACACCUACAGACGAUUACUAGAAUACUAUAUUUAGCAGAGUAGUAGUAACCGCUUUUCAGCUCAUGAAUCUCACGGGUCAAUGCUCUGUAUGAUCUAAUAUGGCAUUUAACUGAAUCAGGGUAUCAUCGAUUAAAGCAUAAACUUUUCGUCGGAAUUAUGGUAAGCACAGUUCACUCCUCAACAGCCUAGAAUGUGUAGAUUAGAAACACUUGCCUUGGGCACCUUGUCGAUUCAUUAGCACACGGACUUCACUCGAAUCGAUGCUCGGGUCAUUCAAUGCAAACUAUACAACUAUAAUUAAUACGAUCCACUAAAGAAAGCUGUACUUUUCAGUUUCUUUAAGACAAUGCAUAUAAAGAAAGAUGUCGAAAGAAAGAAGGUCGAUUUUUGCCUUAUAUACAGUGACAACAAUACUAUUAUACGUACGUGACGUCAUUCCCAUAUAACAUGUGUUGAGAUGAGAGUAAAUGCGCUUUUUUUAGAUAUUGUGGCCUACCUGAAUCUAUUGGAGGUAUUAAUCGAUUAAGAGUGCAUGAUCAAAGCCUAUGUACCCCAGAUGCGGCAUCAGUACCGUUAUUUGACUAUUGUCUGCUUGUAUAAUAUAAGCAAGCGAAAUCAAAAAAAAAACAGUUGUCCAACAGUAUUUCUACCACUCGACUCACAUUGACGCACACAUUGACGAUAUAUUUAUGAAAUAAAGAAGCAUUGUGUGUUUAAAUCAAUGUUCGUGUAAGUUUUCUUGUCAUCGCAAUAUUGUGGUCUUAGUUAUGCCUCGACUAAUAUGCAGCGGUAUUGACUUUUAUGUAAUACUUUUUCUGUACGCAACGAAACAGCACUCUGACUUAACUGUGCGGUGAACUAACAUUAUACACUGGAAUGCUGUAAGAAGAUCAUAGUGUUGAAGCCAAAGAUUGAACCUGCGGUUUUCGUUGCAGGUACGACCCCGUGGUCUACUUCUCAGUUGCAAAUUGUAUGGGUUUGCCCUGUUACUUUAUUACAUGUAUCUAAUACACAGGUUUAGGGUUUAGUUCAUGAUGUGCAAUGUAUUCACGUAACGAGCUAAGUCGAUAUCUAGAAGUGCUAAUAUUAAUACAGGCAUACAACUAUAUAAAAGGUUUAGGCAUCGUGUUCUCAUAAUAGUGAAUCAUGAUUAUAGACUUUUCAGGCACUGAAGAACUGCCAACUUCGUUUACAAAUUAAGAAAGAUUUGCUCCAAACAGCAGGGUAGACAGAGAUAGGACCAUAAUAUAACAAACGUUUCGAGUUUUACUUCCGGUACUGGUUUCGUUAAGACUUCGAAGGGCUUGCUCCUUUUAGCAUGAGACUAAGUUUUUUUUUCAAAUCUGGAUCUCCUCAUGGGUCUCUCCAAAUUUUCCAGUAGGCAAAUACAUUACCACUGAAUUAUAAACGGAGAACGGCGACCAGCAAGAAACAAUGGGUGCUCGAAUAUCGCCUAUCGAAUAUAGUAACGAUUAAUUUUCCUUUAAAAAAUACUCGGACUUCCCCAAACAGACAGCCGUUAAGUGUUUAAAUUAAGUCUGAACCGUCUAACCAAGAGACUAGAGCACGUCGACGUCGACUGAAGUAUUUCAAGACGGCUUUCUAGUGAGAUGCGCGUUGAUACAUUUCAGACAGGUUCUACGUAGAACAAGAUGUGUCGUCUGACAGUAUUUGAAUCAGUGAUCUUCUUAAUUGGAGAAGCAUGCAAGUGUAAAGUCAGCAAUUCCAGUAAUGGAAGCGAAAAUAACAUCUGAUAAGACCCCGAAAUGACCACUUGGCUUCAAAAUGCUUUUUGACACUAAGUUUAUUCUACUCGUUGAUGUUUUGUCUAGAAAGAGGUCAUUGUGAUGACUUGUUCACAAAGCCGAUGAUACUGAAAUCAAAAAUAAAUUUGAAAAAAAUAUUGAUACUGAUACGGGGAUUUCGAUGCAUUGAUAUGGAUCGCCGUUAUACGCAGUCAGAUCACAUUUUCAUUAAAAAUGAAAAAGACGCACAAAAUGACACUCAAUGCGAAGAUGGAAAAAAUGAAAUUUGACACAAUUUCAAGUUCAAGAUGAGCAUUGCCGCCUGUACCAUUCCUAACUUGUUGUCCAUAUUAAUAAAUUGCUUGUAGUUUCCACUCUAUAUAGCUAA